CGACUUGCUGAUCCAGUCGAAAGGAAAUCUCGGACUCAUCUUGGACCUAGUGCCUGGCUCCGAGGAGAAAUUCUAUCCGAGUUUGACGGCUAUUUGCUCUACUGUUCUUAUUCGUCAUCACAUCGAGAAUUCUACGCACAUUCAGGUGCUUUGCGGAAUACGAGAGCGUCACAGUCUGAGUACGCCUACGGGAUUCCCGCACAUCUCGUCCGUCACCAGUGCUUGAUACAAAGGCAUAGACGCGUAGACGCCCUUUCUCAUGGUCAACCUGACUCGGGAGACCAAGGACGCCUACGUACGACAGUAUGAAGGAUACUUGGAAGACCUCAACACGUUCAAGGCGGAGCUGCGACGGAUGCUCGCGCAGACAUCUGUCGUGUCUCGCAGACCGGCUUUGCUGAAGCUGAAAGCCAUUCUAGCUAAGGGAACCGCCUUCAAACUGCUAGACGAGGACUUCCUGCGUCCAGAUCUCCCAUGGGAGAUGGAUGGCUUCCAAGUGGACGUCCUGACUCAGGCCAUGUCCGCGUAUUCGCUGUACAUCGAGGUCUCGAGUCUGCCGGAAUACUCGUCCUUGCGAGCGACGAAACCAAUGGAGCUCGCCGACGUGUUCCGCUGGAUCGACAUCGUGCACCCCAUGAACGGCAGGCUGAUACCCACGCCGGAGAAGCCCACCUACGGCGCAAUGGUCACGUCCAUCGCGGGCCUGCUCUCCAGCAUCACCCGGAAGAAGGACGGCGACUUCGCGCAGCUCGCCUGGAAGGAUCCGCAUGCCAUCACCCUCGUGAUGGACCUGUGGCUAUACUACCCGCGCUACCUCCAGCACUACAGCGAGGACCUCACGGAGACCGCGACGACCAUCACCGUGUCCGCGCUCGCCACCCUCGAGAACUUGGCCGCUACGGAGGAUGGUGAAAAGUACUUCGUCACGCGCUUACUCGCCAUGGUCGGCGGACGCCCCAGCCGCAUCCUGCGCCUCAUCGCAGAGCAGACGGCCUUCCUCGACAGUAUCAACAUUAAGAGCAGGUGGAGCUUCGUCUGGAAGAUCCACUAUGCGCUCGUGGACCAGCUGUCGGAGAGCUCCGAGUUUCUCGGCGUCGACGCGCCCCUCUGCUUCUUCGAGUCCAUCGUCGUUGGCUGGCGGCGCUGCCUGGAGAAGCCAACGGACGAGAACAUGGCCGCCGCCGCGGAGCAGGCGACGAACGCCGUCGGCAAUUUCAUCAUGAUGGCGCUGAGCACGACCAACCUGCGCCGCGCCAUCCGCGCUGGCGUGUACGACGCGUUCUUCGAUGUACAGCGCGCGUGGGGAAAGGAGAAGAAGGAAAGCGCGCUCUACGGUGGCAUUGCGCAGCAUCUUGCGAACAGCCUCACGAUAGCCAGCAUCCUCCGCGCCUUCCAUCGACGGAACGCGGACCUUCUACAGCCUCCAGAAAAACCCGACGCGCGCCGAUCAUUCAUUGAAAAGCGCUUCGAGAGCCUGCUGUCUACGUAUAGGAUUAUGUGGCAGCAGUAUACGGAUGCGAGAAAAGCACCCACCUGGAAGCGCUUGUUCCCAUGCAACAACGUGCACGCUGACGUUCACGAGGCAGAGGUGCGCGCGUGCGCGUGCGGCCAGGCUUUCUACUGCUCGAAGAAGUGUCAACGCGAGCACUGGAAGGCCAGCCAUCGGGAGACUUGCUGGCAUCAGGACGGCGUAUGGGGCUUUGAAGGUGAUAUAACGCUUGACGAUGCGAUCUUUCUUUUCGAGUCUGCGCUUCGCGUGAUCAAGCGCAACGAGGAUAAGAUGGCAAAGGAUCUCGCGCAUACGGAAUAUCCGGAUAGUCCACUCAUCAUGGUCGAUCUCGCCACGUCUCCGUCGCCGGACGGGAAUUUUGAGUGGACGUUGGACGAGGAUGCGAGCGACUUGUCCACUGACUCGGACUGGUCUACCGAUGAUGGAGGCAGCGAAGACGACGAGGAAGCCGGAAUGGGUGAGGUGGAAGCGAGUGGAACGCAGGCCAGGGAUGAGGCAGCGGCGAAGGACCAAAGAGGGCACGUGGACGAGGACGAGGGACCACACGUCGCUACAAUUUCCGUCGCGUACUGCGUUGGGGAGGUGUAUCCGGACGAGAAGUUGCCCUUCAGGUACGACUUCGCUCUCAGGCGCCUCCUGGCGAGGGAUUGAGGUAUCAGACGUGCGUCUCGUUGUAUAUCUCUGGCGGUAUCGCACUUGUUACCGAGAGAUUGAAGCGCCGCCGUGCUGAUCUAAAGUGGUGACGCUACAUAUGGCAAAAUAUACUAACUAGAUAUCAUUCCGCCUAGCGGCUGUCGGAUCAUC